GGCAGAAUUGAAAGUAAUAAAUUAAAAUAAAAGUUCUAAGGAUAUAUUCUGGUAAAAUAUAAAGACUUUGAGGAGUGCCUGAAGGAAAUUACAAUAAAAAUAGUAAUUUGCGAAAGCUCAAACGAAGUACAAGAAGAGAAUAUAUUUAUUUAAAACAGUACACAUUUAGCCACAUGAUGUCGCUGUCCACCACAAGGUCUUUCACCACAAAAGAUACACAGUGUGGAUUACGUACGCAGAUGUCACUUUUCCUCGCCAUUUCUGAAAUACCGGCAUGGGAAGAUUUUAUAAGAAAUGAAGAAUAAGGAGCUCGAAUUACUUUUUAAAUUUUGGAUCCAGGCAAGAGAGACCAGAUAUUUGGGAAAGGGUUGCAAUGGUGUUUUCCUGCAGAGAAGGUCUAGGAGCCUGGAUACUACUGUAUUCGCUUUUGCUCCUCACAAUCUGGGAGGCGGGGAGCGGCCAGGUCCACUACUCCGUCCAGGAGGAGGCCAAGCACGGCGCCUUCGUGGGCCGCAUCGCGCAGGACCUGGGGCUGGAGUUGGCGGAGCUGGUGCCGCGCCUGUUCCGGGUGGCGUCCAAAGACCGCGGGGACCUUCUGGAGGUAAAUCUGCAGAAUGGCAUUUUGUUUGUGAAUUCUCGGAUCGACCGCGAGGAGCUGUGCGGGCGGAGGGCGGAGUGCAGCAUCCACCUGGAGGUGGUGGUGGAGCGGCCGCUGCAGGUUUUCCACGUGGAGGUGGAGGUGAAGGACAUUAACGACAACCCGCCGGUGUUCCCAGUGGCUGUAAAAAAAUUGUUCAUUUACGAAUCCCGGCCACCUGGUUCUCGGAUUCCGCUAGAGGGCGCCUCAGAUUCAGAUAUAGGAGCGAAUUCGCUGUUGACCUACGUUCUUAGCUCCAAUGAAUAUUUUACCUUGGAUGUUAAAAGAAAUGAUAAGGAAAUUAAAUCCCUUGGUCUCGUGUUGAAAAAACUUUUAAAUCGGGAGGAUACUCCUGAGCAUCACUUAUUAAUAAUGGCGGUUGAUGGUGGGAAACCUGAGCUCACUGGCACUACUCAACUGAUGAUCACCAUUCUAGAUGUAAACGACAACGCCCCAGCGUUUGAGAGGUCGGUCUAUAAAGUCCGAUUAUCCGAAAAUGCACCAAAUGGUACCCUAGCAGUGAUUGUUAACGCCUCUGAUUUGGAUGAAGGAGUAAAUAAGGACAUUGUGUAUUCUUUCAAUACAGACACCUCAGCAGAUACUCUGUCAAAAUUCCACUUGGACCCGGUUAAUGGAUACAUCAGUGUAAAGGGUAACUUAGAUUUCGAGGACACUAAGUUAUAUGAAAUCCAGGUAGAAGCGACAGAUAAAGGAACGCCCCCAAUGGCAGAUCACUGCACUGUUCUAGUGGAAAUUUUGGACACAAAUGAUAAUGUACCUGAGUUGGUUAUCAAAUCAUUAUCGUUACCUGUAUUAGAAGAUGCUCCACUAGGCACCAUCAUUGCCCUGAUCAGCGUGUCUGACCUCGACUCUGGUAUCAACGGGCAGAUAACCUGCACCCUGUCACCCCAUGUUCCCUUCAAGCUGGUGUCCACCUUCAAGAAUUACUACUCACUAGUGCUGGACAGCGCACUGGACCGAGAGAAGCUGUCACACUACGAGUUGGUGGUGACAGCGCGGGACGGGGGUUCGCCUUCUCUGUCGUCCACAGCCAGCCUGUCCGUGGAGGUGGCCGACGUGAACGACAACGCGCCGCUGUUCGCGCAGCCCGAGUACACGGUGUUCGUGAAGGAGAACAACCCGCCCGGCCGCCACAUCUUCACGGUGUCGGCGCGGGACUCGGACGCGCAGGAGAACGCGCUGGUGUCCUACUCGCUGGUGGAGCGGCGGGUGGGCGAGCGCGCGCUGUCGAGCUACGUGUCGGUGCACGCGGAGAGCGGCCAGGUGUACGCGCUGCAGCCUCUGGACCACGAGGAGCUGGAGCUGCUGCAGUUCCAGGUGAGCGCGCGCGACGCGGGCGAGCCUCCUCUGGGCAGCAACGUGACGCUGCAGGUGUUCGUGCUGGACGAGAACGACAACGCGCCCGCGCUGCUGCCUCCGGCUCCGGGCGGCCCGGGCGGUGCUGGGAGCGAGCUGGUGUCGCGGUCGGUGGGCGCGGGCCAGGUGGUGGCGAAGGUGCGCGCGGUGGACGCGGACUCGGGCUACAACGCGUGGCUGUGCUAUGAGCUGCUGCCGGCGGCGGGUGGUGCGCGCAGCCCGUUCCGCGUGGGGCUGUACACGGGCGAGGUCAGCACGACGCGCGCCCUGGACGAGGCGGACUCUCCGCGGCAGCGCCUGCUGGUGCUGGUGAAGGACCAUGGGGAGCCGGCGCUGGUGGCCACGGCCACUGUGCUGCUGUCGCUGGUGGAAAGCAGCCAGGCGCCAAAGACCCGGUCGAAGGCGUUGGCGGGUGGUGUGAGCUCGGAGACCGCGCUACUGGACGUGAACGUGUACUUGAUCAUCGCCAUCUGCGCGGUGUCCAGCCUGUUGGUGCUCACGCUGCUGCUAUACGCCGCCCUGCGGUGCUCGGCGCCGCCCACUCAGGGUGCGCGCGGGCCCGGAAAGCCCGUGCUGGUGUGCUCCAGCGCGGUGGGGAGCUGGUCCUCCUCCCAUCAGAGGCAGCGGAGGGUGUGCUCUGGGGAGGUGCCGCCAAAGACAGACCUCAUGGCUUUUAGUCCUAGCCUUCCUCCUGGCCCACUUAGCGGGGAUACAGAAGAGCAGCUGAAUGUGGAUGUUGAUGUUUCUGCCAAAGUGAGUAAUUUUUAA